UCGAAAGGCUCAUCCGGUGGAGGGAUGAUCUCAGGAACAGUUGUUAAUAAGAAGGGCGGGUCACCUCACGUCUCGAUCCGCCUCCGGACGCCGCCCUUGGGAUCGUUGCCCUCUUUUCUAGCUUUCCGAAUCGGUUGACGUUCUCCAACGGAAGGCCGAAAUCGAGAGCAAUGGUGGACUUGAGGCUUACGAGGGGCUUCAUCUUCUUCGAAUUGGAACCCUAGCAAUCUUGUUUUCGACCCAGAAGGUGAUGUUUUACUGGGGUUUUGGUUCUUUGCAUUAUCUCGGUGGCAUUGGUGUGUUGGUGGCGUAAUAUAUGGAAUGGAUCUGUAGAUGUCUUCUGUGGGAUGCAUUCAUUGACUGCGGAGGAACUGGAAACCCACCCAUCGGGUAACAGGAAGAGGAGGAGGAGGAGGAGGAGGAGGUGAUUGUAGAACUUAAUAAAUAAAAAGAAAGAAAAGAAAAAGGGAAAAAGAAGAGAUGGGAGAAGAUCUUCUUACCGCUCUAUCCAUUGAGAAUCAUCACCCCUCCACUCUCUUGUCGAUGGAGCCGUCUGGUGGUCUGUUGUCCUCUUUGUCCCAUGAUGAUUCUGAUUGUGAGCUCUCGAUCCAACGCCAUCAGAAUGUACUUUCUGGUGCUCCCGACAUUAAUCUUCCCCUUUCUGCAGAGCGAUCUCCUAUUCAGCAAUCUUGGAACUCAGACUCUAGUGACAUCUUUGAUGUUGGCCUUGGGUCGCAGAUUUUUGAUACGGAAACAACUAUCCACAUUCCCAAGGUCACUAGUGCCCGCAAGUGCACCAAGCGAGGGGACAAUAUCUGGGGUGCUUGGUUUUUCUUUAGCUUCUAUUUCAAGCCUGUGUUUUUGGAGAAAUCCAAGAGCAAGGUCACUUGGGAUGCCAAGGGGGUAAAUGGCUUUGAUAAAUCUGAUGUUCGUCAUGAUGUAUUCCUGGUGCAGCAUGACAUGGAGAACAUGUAUAUGUGGGCAUUCAAAGAGAGGCCAGAGAAUGCACUUGGGAAGAUGCAACUACGGAGCUAUAUGAAUGGGCAUUCCCGUCUCGGUGAACCUCAGUUCCCAUUUGGUGUUGAUAGGGGCUUUGUUCGAUCGCAUAGGAUGCAGCGCAAGCAUUAUCGGGGACUGUCAAACCCUCAAUGUGUCCAUGGAAUUGAGGUUGUUUCUUCACCCAAUUUGAUGGCUAUUUGUGAAGUGGACAGAAAGAAGUGGAUGGAACUCACAGGCAAAGAAUUUAAUUUCUCAAUCCCACCUGAGGCCAGUGAUUUUGAGGAAUGGAGGAAUUUGCAGACCAAUGAAUUCAAGCCUGAGAAACCUCUUCCUCUGUCAAAGAUCUCUUUGCUUCCCCAUCCUAAGAAGUUGCUGAAUGGAUCAAAUUUGAAUUUGUCUUCCCAGAUCAAUCAUUCUAAUUGUGAUGUUGUAGACCUUUCACCUGUUUGUCGUAAGCGCAGGACAGAUAUAUUCCCCCGUGUAAUGGAGGAGGAUGUGUGUUUUCCUACAAACUCACAUACUGAGAAGGGUCAGGAUAUGGAUAUGCACCUGAUUGAGCCUUCGUGGUUGAAUGAAUUUACUGGUGUGAUGAGGCUUGCUCAUGGCCCUGUAACUGCUGCAAAGACAAUAUAUGAAGAUGACGAGGGAUAUUUGAUAAUGGUGAGUUUGUCAUUUGCUGAUCAACAAAGUGUGAAGCUUUCUUGGAGGAACAAUCUCAUGCAUGGUAUAUUGAAGAUAAUCUGUGUCAGUACAGCCAGAAUGCCAUAUAUAAAAAGGCUCGACAGGACUUUCAAACUGUCUGACCCUUCCCUGGAGCAUUGCCCUCCUGGGGAAUUUGUAAGGGAAAUAACAUUGCCAACACGUAUUCCUGAAGAUGCGAAGCUGGAAGCAUACUACGACGAGGCUAGUGCUUUGCUUGAGAUUAUGGUUCCAAAGCACCCAGUUGGACCUGAAGAACAUGAAGUCCAUGUUUGUCAGCUUGGAGUUCAUGGUCACCCUGAUUGAAUAUGACCUAAUGAUAAUACAGUUGUCUGCUUAGGUAAACAAGUUAAGUGGAAUGCAAUUAUAGCAUUAAAACUCUUUUAAAAUGAUCUCAAUCUGCUUUAAAGCAUGUUGAAGUGUGUUAGAUGUGAGUAUGGUACGGUAUGAAAUGAAAAUUGUUCUAUUCCCUAAGCCCUAAACCCUAAGACUGAAACUACUACAUGUAGGUUGUACAUUAGAUCUUGCUAAGUGGAUGCAUUUGUGAUCCAUGUUUUUUUUUUUGAAAACUAAAAUAUUGAAAUUAUGUAUGACAUCAUAUGUGCCGAAAUACCAAGUCAACGUCCAUCAUGGAAUAUACUAAACUAACCAAUCUAUGCAAUCGAUAUAAAUAAAGUUUACGCCUAUCAUCUGUUAAUUAUCUUAAUCAUUCUAGGAACACUACACUUUCAUAUUAUCAUUGCAUAAGAAUCUAAGGGAUACAUAUAACACACAAAGAAUCAAUGUUGUCAUCAUCAUUAAACUAUGAACAUAACUUUUAUAUAAUAAUUAACAAAAUACUACAAAACACAUAAUAUGUAAUAAUGCAUAUUAACCAAUUGCUGCAAUCUUUAUACCUGAAAAAUAGCAUGCUCUAAGCAAUACAUUAGGGAAGACUAGUUCAAUCAAAUCAAUAUUAACUUGGACAUGGCUUGUAUUUUAACAUCUAGAGACAGUUUAGCUGCAUUAACUUUAUGCGUUCACAAGUAAAUGAAAUGUGGUUUCUCAUUACAAAAAAAAAUUAUGCUACCACACAAGUGGUCUAUGUGAAACUUUUUUUAAAACCAAUGAUAACACCACCUUUGCAACAUGCAAAGGUCUACGUGGGUUCAUAUUAUGUUUCUAUCAACAAAAUCUAUUAAAAUUAAUUAUAUUGGCAUUUAGUAUCAGAUUUUUACAAAUCAUCUCAACUGACAACAACUAUGCAGUUCAUAUUCUACUGCAUAAUUCAUGAAUAUUUUAGAGGUCUUCAAUGGGAAAUAAUAGUAGUGGAAGGUUAUUAAAUAGUUUUGUACUGUUUGAUGAUCAUAAACUGCAUAUGUGGAGCAAACAAGACGCACUGGAUGAGUUCUUAUAUGAUAUGAGACGUGUUCCUAAGAAUCUGCGAAGGUCUGUUAUGUACACAUUUUUGUAACUGGACUCAUGGAAGGCUAUUAUCCUUUUCCAAAGUGCUUGAUGGACUGAAUUGAUCACAUUGCCUAAAAAGACCUGAGAUGUGUUCUUUGGAGGUUGGAGAAUCCUACUGUCGUCUUAUUCUUCCUUGGAGGUUGAAGUGUCCUAUUAUAGUCUUAUUUUUGUUGGAUUCAUGAAAGACCAUUAGUUAUUUUGUCCUUCCAAAAUAAAUUGAUAGAUAAAAA